GUGGCAGGAAUUGAAGAAGAAGAAGAAGAAGAAGGAUAUAUAUACAAAGAAUGGUUCCAAGGGAUGAGCAAAAAGGAGAUGAUAAUAAUAAUAAUCUGCAUGAGAAAAUGCAGCUUCUUCGAUCUGUUACCAACUCUCAAGCUAUGAGUGAGACAUCAAUCAUAAGGGAUGCAUCAAAGUAUAUAGAGGAGUUGAAGCAGAAAGUGGAGACUGCUAACCAGCAUAUGUUAUUGGCUUCUUCUGCUUCAAUUGUUUCAACAGAUGACAAUAUUAAUUAUGAUAUUAAUAAUAACCCUUCAUCUUCAUCUCCUCCUAAAUAUUCGGUAGAAUACCUAGAAAAGGGAUUCUUGGUGAAGGUAUACUCAGAAAGAAGUUGCCCUGGGUUACUUGUUGCCUUACUUGAAGCUUUUGAAGAGAUGGGCCUUAAUGUCCUCGAGGCUAGGGUUUCUUCUACCGACCAUUUCCAUCUUCAAGCUUUGGGAGGUGGAGAGAGCGAAGAGGGUGAUGAAGAUGGCAGGAUGAAUACAGAAAUGGUGAUAGAAGCAAUUUCAAGGGUAAUCAAGGAUUGGAAUGAGAACAAGGGUGGAGAUGGCGAUGUGGAAUAAUGGAUAAUGAAUGUAUGUGUUUGUUGAUGUCUUUUUUUUUUUUGAUCUUGAUGGAAUUGAAUUCUAUGAUUCUAAAUCUAGCUAGCAAUGAAGCUAGUUAUGGCAU